AUGGAAUCUUCCAUGGUCUCCGCGUUUACCUGGCUCCUGGAUGUCUUUGCGCCCUGUCGGGCAGCAUGUGAGGUCUCCGGCGAGGAGGCUUUCGAAGUCGUAGUAGACGCGCAGGAAGGAGCCCAAGCUCCUGAGGCGGCCAGCUGUACGAAGAUGGAGUUUGACAUGUCUGGCACCGGAUGCUGCAAGGACGAGUUGCCUGACUCUGGGGGCAGUCCGAGGGGUCGCUCGGGAUUGCCUUUCUCGCUUGCUGGCCGACCCUGCGACACCUGGGCUUUGGCUGACUUGUAUCCUGGGCUUGCCAGAAGCAUGAUCGCCUACUGCGAGGUCGAUGAGCUUUUCAAGCUGCGGGGGACUUGCCGAGCCUUUGGGUCAGUUUCAGAGGAUGAGGUUUGUUUCCAGCACGUCAUCCAGCUUGACAGGCCGGAGGAGUUGGAAUUCCUUUUCACGACCGACAAGUGGUUCCUCGCGCAUCCCCGACGCGUGCUGGAAGUGCUCCAAAAAUGGCGCAGACGCCUGGCAGAUGAGGAAGCCAAGGACAAUUCUAUGGAGCACCAGAUCCGAUGUUCUAUGAUGCGCUGUGCCAGUCGUACAUUUCAAUCAAGACACAAGGCCAUCCGCCACUGUUUUGCCCGUGAUGCGCUGGCAGAACUUCGUAUUGAUGAGGCAGGGGUGCGCCGUGCCUCGGUGGCUCUCUUGAGAUGCACGAACCGUGAGGGACUUGGUAGGUUCAGCCGAACCGGCAUCCGAACAAUCAGGGAUGUGCUGGGCAGAUAUCUGAAAGUGCCGGAAAUUCACCAACAGCUUCUGGAUGUGCAGGUGGUGUACCUCCAGGGAUUCGUGCACAAACGCCAAAGGCGAUGUCAGACAAGUUGGCUUGAGGAGUCACUGGAAGUGGUAAGGAAUGAGUUCGAAUCCUUCUCUGCGUGGCUGAGAAAUGCAACUUGUGCGUGA